AUGGACUCCGACGACCAGCGAUCGGAGGCUGAUCAGUCCCGGUCCAGUCCUUCGCCGGAACCGCAACCCCCGACUCCGGCACGGGUACCGACUUCCGCUACCAGUGCAAGCGCCGCGAGAAAGCCGGAGCCCAAGCCGAGUAUCAUGACAAAACUCGGCCUCGAUGUACCGACACUCAUGAUGAUGUUCAAGGGCUCAUUACCGCCCCUCAUCGGCAUUUGCAUCUAUCAAUCAACGCCCGUCGCGCAGUACUUUACGACGUUAGGAUAUCUCGUUCCUAUCAUCUCCGUCCUUGCCCUCGCCAUCCUUCCGAGAGGCAAAUACCUCCAAAACCUAGUCCUCAAUGUCUCUGGAAUCUGCAUAGGUGCGGCAAUAUCGAUGCUUGCAUUAUGGUCCGGUGUGCAGGCAAGGCGCAACACGGCCUCGGCCCAAGAGCUGGCCAGCGGGUUGCCAGUCUACAAUUCCAGUCAAUCAGCAGUCUGUGGUGUUUGGCUAUUCUUUAACAUCUGGAUCUCCAACACGCUGCGUGCUAAGUACCCGGCUAUGAACCUGCCGGUCAUGAUCUACUCCAUUUUCAUGAACGUGGCAUGCACUUUCGGACCACUCAUGGUCACGACUGCCUCGGCCGAAUCGUUCGUGCGACGACUCCUGGUAGCCAUGCUGUCCGCCAUGGGAAUCGCGACCGGUGUUGCCCUGUUCAUCUUCCCGGUGUCUAGCCGCAAGGUGGUUAGCGGGGAAUUCAAGGGAGCCAUCGGUUUAGUCCGGAAGUCGAUCCGACUGCAAUUGAAUUAUUUGCAGGUCCUUUCGAGAGAGGAUAUGCUAGAGCGAGAGCCGACAAGGGCUAGCAGUUCCUUCCGGAGAAAGGAGAAGGGCCCCCAGUUGACGAAAGAGGCCAAGGCAGCGGGCGAGCUGAAGGCGACGGCCUUGGCCAUCUCGGCACUAUUUGGAAAGAUGCACGGAGAUAUGGUCUUCGCUAAGAGAGACAUCGCUUACGGAAAGCUGGACGCGAAGGACCUGAGCGAGAUCUUCAACCGGCUGCGGAGUGUCAUGAUCCCCUUGAACGGAAUCAGCACGAUCGUCGACAUCUUCCGUCGCGCGGCCGAAAAGCAUGGAUGGGGCACCGACGACGGCAUGGGUGACUCGGACGUGGAAAAGACGUUGGAACAGAAGGUGUGGAACGACAUUAUGACACAGCUUUAUGAGCCAUUCGAGAUUCUCACGGAGGCAAUGGAUCAGGGGUUGGAUCAUGUGGGCAUCGUCCUGGAACUUACGCCAAAACCGAAGAAGACCAAAGCUGCAGACGUCGAGAUGGAAGCAGGCGCAAAGGCAGUACCCAAGCCUGGAGAGAGUGGAUUCGCGGAAGUCUUAGCGGACAAGGUGCAAGACUUCAACGACAAGAAGGGCGAGAUGCUGAAGGCGUGGUUGAAGGAACGACGACUGGCUACUGAACAGGAGCGACAAGACCUGAACCUGAAGCGAUUGGAGACGAGGAUGAAAGAGCGGGACCAGACUCAACUCUACGUCAUGCUGUACAUGGAAAAGCUCAUGCUCGCCCUGGGUGAAGCCGUUCAAGACCUAGUCAUGUUCGCUGACUCCAAGGUGGCCGACGGAACCAUGUCCAAGAAGCGCCUGAUUAUUCCCUCGCAGCGACGGAUCAAGAAGUGGUUGAGAGGUGCAUGCAGCGCCCAGGACGGAACUCCCGAGCAGAACCCCGACAUGGCAGACAUGGGAGCCAAUGUCGUAUACGCGGGCGACGGCUACAAUAAGAAGAAGGACCCCGAGCAUCUCCCCGCCCACGGUUGGUGGCAGCACUUCGGCAAUAGGUUGCGCAAGAUUUCGGCAUUUGUGGGCUCGGGAGAGUCCCUCUUUGGCUUCCGCGUAGCGGUGGCUACGAUGACCGUCGGCAUUCUUGCGUUUCUUCAGAACACCCAGACGUUCUUCAACGAACAACGACUUGUCUGGGCAAUGAUCAUGAUCGCUAUUGGAAUGACCAUCACGGCGGGCCAGUCUAUUUUCGGCUUCGUGUGCCGUGUCGGAGGAACGCUCGUUGCGAUGAUCCUCUCUUACAUCAUCUGGUACAUCGUGGUGGAGCGAACAGCUGGAGUCAUUGUUUUCUUAUGGCUCUUCACCUUCAUUGAACAAUACUUCGUACUGAAGUAUCCACGAUUCAUGCCAGUUUGGCUCAUCAUGAUUAUCACUCAAGUUCUCAUCAUCGGCUAUGAGUUGCAAGUCCAGAAGAUCGGCGAAGUCGCCGCUGCCGCCACAGGACAGCCAUACUACCCGACCUACCUACUCGCACCCUACCGUCUCGCAUGCGUAGCUGCCGGUUGUGCUGUCGCCUUCAUUUGGACCGUAUUUCCCUCGCCGAUUACCGAUCGCAGAUGGCUCCGCAUGGAUCUCAGUGCAUCCCUCUACCUUCUGGCGAACUAUUUCAGUGUCAUCACUGAGACGAUCAAGGCCACUAUGACUGAUACCCACGGCGAUAUCAAGAUGCCAGGAACGCCGGCACACAAGAUGGAGAAGGAAAGACGUCGGAUCUUGGGCAAAUUGUUGCUGCUGCUCCCUAGUUUGGACAGUCAUGCACAAUGGCAGAAGUGGGAGCCCGAUAUCGGCGGCAAGUUCCCCCGAGCCACCUAUGAGGACAUUAUCAGGCGAUCGACGAGCAUCAUGCGCUAUCUCACGCUGAUAGCGUACACAAUUACGUGGAAACCCCGCGACAGACCAUCAACCGCCUCGUCGUCGAGCGACCGGCAAUGGCUUCGUGCCCUGAACCAAGUUCUUGCAGGCAUCGAGCCAACGCAACACACCAUCCUUUCGACACUCACCCUCUUGUCGAACUCACUGCUCUCCGGCCAAUCGCUGCCUCCUUUCAUGCAGUUGCCUCGGCCGAACGAACUCACACGCAAGCUGCUCCAUCUUCGGGCCCCAGAGCCCCAGCAAGGAAUCCAACGAAGAGGAAGUGAGUUGGAGCACAGACUAGUCAUGGUCAACACCCACACUGGCGAAGAAGUCCGCUCCACGACGGGCAGAUCUGGCUCUGUUGAGUCUCCCACGAGCGAUACCUCAACGUUGGCGAGCAUGGCUGAGCUGACGGAGAUUACGAGUCCCUUGGGCAGUGGGACAAUCCUGGACGUGAGGAACGUCGAGCAGCAUGGGUACACUGAAUUCGCGGUACUACAAGUUUGCAGUUCAUUAGUUUGUGACGAUCUGGAAGGGUUAGUUCGCGCAGUCAGUAGUUUGGUGGGCGUGGUGGACUUUAGCUUCAAGGUAAACGCCAGUCAGGCAACUCUGAGCAGUAGUGACGAAGACGAUGUCACCGGCAAGGCGAAGAAGCAUUGA